AUGAAUGAACUUGCUUACAAGUUUUUUAACAACUCAGAUGAUUGUUAUCUAAUUGGUGAUUAUUUACCUUUAUUUAUGAACUUUUAUAAUGAUCAAAUUAAUUUGAAUCAGAUCAAUCAAAACUAUUUAUUACCAUCAUAUAGAAAUAAUUAUAAUGAAGAGUUUAUAUAUCCUGGAGAUGAAUUUGUUUAUAAUUUAGACAAGGGAUUUGUUUUUAAGAAAAUUUAUUUCAAGGAAAAUUACAAAGAUGUCCAAAAUCAUUUUGAAAAAGACUAUUUACUGUUUUUAGGUACUGGUGGUUCUUUACCAACCAAAAACAAAACAGUUUCAAGUAUUUUGAUGAAAAAAGAUGAAGAUUGUAUGUUGUUUGAUGUCGGUGAAGAUACAAUUAAUCAAAUAUUAAGAUUAUAUGGAAACUUGGAUAUUCUCGAUAAUCUAAAGUUUGUUUUUUUAUCACAUUCUCAUGCUGAUCACAUGCUAGGACUGUGUUCUAUAUUGAGACAUGUAAGUCAUAGAAAUCAAUCAAUUACAAUAUUUGGUUCAGAAAAAAUUAGACAAUAUUGUGAUCUUUUUUCAAGAAAUUACAAAUUUAUUUAUGCAAAUCCUUCAACUUCUAAAACUUUUGAAAAUUAUACUUUAGAAUUUUCAAAAUGUCAACAUUAUGAUGAUUCUGUUUAUCUUAAAUUAGCUUAUAAUGGGAAGAUUAUUACAUAUUCUGGAGAUACAAGGCCAUCUUUUGAAUUUGUAAAUUUAUCACAUAAUGCUAAUUAUAUGAUACAUGAAUGUACUUAUCUUUAUGAUGAAAAUGAAGAAGCUUUUAAUUAUAAUCAUUCAACAAUAUUAGAGGCAAUUGAUGAUUUUAAACAAUCUAAAGCCAAAAUUCUUUUUUUGACUCAUUUCUCUCAAAGAUACAAGAUUGAUGAUUAUUUAAAAUUGAUAGAUGAAAAGAAUGAAAAUAUUAGCAUUGCAUCUGAUAUGUUCAUUUAUUUUUUAACCAAAUAA